CGGGCAAAAGAAGCGGGAGAGAGCAUUCGUUUCCACGAGCCCAGCGUUUAUACACCCCGCCCUCGCCCUCGCCCUCGCCCCCUUCCUCGCGCCGCCCCCCUCUUCCGUUCCGUCCCCUUUCCCACUCUUUCUCUCUCCUCCAACGGAGCUCGAGAAGAAAGGAAUAAAAAAAGAAUAAACAGUCGAAGAAAAUCCUCGAAUUCCAGGACCGGGGGAAAAGUGCUGAUUUAUUUUGAAAUAUGGCGGUAGCUCUCCAAUUUGGAGCUCGAACGCACUGUUCUGCAGUCGCGUGGGAUUCUUGGAGCUCUUUUUCUUUCUCGUCGAGCUUUCCAAGUAAACGAGACUUCGAGUCAUCUGUGAGGUUCAUUUGUAGAAAGAGGGAGAGGUGCUGUGGGAGGAGGGGAGGUUUGAAGGUAUGUUGCGAGAGAGGAUUAUCUGCUAUUGUGGAGAAGCAUGAGGUGGUGAGGGAGGGUGCUGAUGGUAAUGCUGCACAGCUGAGCAUCGUGAUGAAGUUCGGGGGGUCAUCGGUGGCAUCGGCUGACAGGAUGAGGGAGGUUGCUGACCUCAUUCUUAGCUUUCCCGAAGAAAGGCCAGUGAUUGUUCUAUCUGCAAUGGGGAAGACAACAAACAACCUUCUGCUGGCUGGGGAAAAAGCUGUCUGCUGUGGGGUGAGCAAUGUGUCUGACCUUGAAGAGUUGAGCUUUGUAAAAGAGUUGCAUCUUAAGACAGUUGAUGAACUUGGAAUUGAUAGGUCUGUCAUUUCUGGCCUGUUGGAUGAAUUGGAGCAACUUUUGAAAGGCAUUGCCAUGAUGAAAGAACUAACACCUCGUACAAGGGACUAUCUGGUUUCAUUUGGAGAAUGCAUGUCUACGAGAAUCUUUGCAGCAUAUUUGAACAAAAUUGGUACUAAAGCACGGCAGUAUGAUGCAUUUGAUAUUGGUUUUAUAACCACAGACGAGUUUACAAAUGCGGAUAUCUUGGAGGCAACUUAUCCUGCCAUUGCGAAGAGAUUACAUGGGGAUUGGAUUAUUGAUCCUGCAAUUCCUAUUGUGACUGGCUUUCUUGGAAAGGGUUGGAAAUCCUGUGCUGUCACUACUUUAGGCAGGGGUGGUAGUGACUUGACAGCUACUACCAUUGGUAAAGCCUUGGGGUUACGAGAAAUUCAGGUUUGGAAAGAUGUUGAUGGUGUUUUGACGUGUGAUCCUAAUAUAUAUUCAAAUGCAAGGCCUGUACCACAUUUAACAUUUGAAGAAGCUGCUGAACUUGCCUAUUUUGGUGCACAGGUUUUGCAUCCCCAAUCAAUGCGACCUGCUAGAGAAAGUGAUAUACCAGUUAGGGUCAAGAAUUCAUACAACCCUCAAGCUCCUGGUACCCUCAUCACUAAAGCAAGAGAUCUGAGUGAGACUGUACUGACCAGCAUAGUUUUGAAAUCGAAUAUCACGAUGUUGGAUAUAGUGAGCACUCGAAUGCUUGGUCAAUAUGGUUUUCUAGCAAAGGUUUUUUCUAUAUUUGAAGACUUGGGUAUCUCUGUUGAUUGCGUGGCUACGAGUGAAGUCAGUAUUUCUUUGACAUUGGAUCCAUCGAAACUUUGGAGCAGAGAACUAAUACAGCAGGAGCUCGAUCAUGUGGUUGAAGAGCUUGAGAAGAUUGCAGUCGUUCAUCUCCUUCAGCACAGAUCAAUAAUUUCCCUCAUUGGGAAUGUGCAGCGUUCUUCUUUGAUACUAGAAAAGGCAUUUAGUGUACUACGGAAGAAUAACGUCAAUGUCCAGAUGAUCUCUCAGGGGGCAUCUAAGGUGAACAUUUCCUUGGUAGUUCAUGACAGUGAAGCAAAGCAGUGUGUUAAAGCUCUACAUUCAGCAUUCUUCGAGAAUGGUUUCCUGUCAGAAGUUCACGAGACAGAUCUUUUCCAGAAUGGCUCUGCAACUCUGCCUUCUGCAUGCUGAUGGUACCAACACCUGUACCACUUAGAUGUAUCAUUGCCUCGCCUCUAUAUAUAGUUGGAGGUGUAACGAUUAGAUCGUUUCCUUUUUUCCCACACCUGUGCAAGUUGUCCUCGCUGCUAAUCCAUGCUUUGAUGGGAGAAAUGAUGGUUUCAUCUUAUAAUUAGCAUGGAAUAACAGUUUUUUAAUUAAUAAAUUAAGCGCAUUAAUUCA